AAGAAAAUCUGCUAAAUUAAAGCUCUUUUAGUAUCACUUCCACGAAUCUACGCUUACACUCCUCAUGACACGCGAUGUUCUCUUAGACAUCUGACAAUAGACUCUCGACGAACAACUAUAUCGAUUGAAAUUACGCCCCUCUCAAAGUAAUUUUAAGGCCGUCCACCAAACUCUUCCUAAGGACGGCGCAGGCGCUUCUUCAUAUUCAACUCUAGCACGAUGAAUUGCCUAUCCAUGGCAGUGCACCGUGCGCUUUCGUGCAGUGAUCAUGUCAAACUCCAAAUGUGCGCCAGAAAGCGACAUAUCAAAGAAAUAUAACGAUUACAGUUUACAAUUGAGUCGGUGGUUUCUCGUGCCAAUCGGUGCGUGGCCACAAAUAAAUGCGUCGAACUCAAUAUGGAAAAUCCUUGUGUUACUGCAAAUUCUUAUUUGUUCGAGUAUGGUAGCAUCCGUAACGGUACCGUGUUUGUUACAUGUGUUGUUUGAUAAAGUUAACAUCAAGGCAAGACUGAACGCCAUUGGGCCACUGCUUCACAGGAUUAUGGGAUCGGUAAAUUACUGGGUGCUACUCAAGCGCAGCGGUGAUAUUCGCAAAUUAAUACGACACAUGGAGACAGAUUGGCGUCUCAUACAAAGAAUCGACGAUCGCGAAGUGAUGCUGCAACACGCCAAAUACGGUCGUUCUGUCGCCUUGAUCUGUGGACUGAUCAUGCAAGGCGGUGCCUUCUUAUUCAGCUUAGCAAGGGCGAUGAAAACUGUACCUAUCACUGUUGGCAAUGAGACUUUCACGACGCAUCCGAUGACAUGUCCGAUUUACAGUAAAAUCAUCGACACGAGAUAUAGUCCUGUAAAUGAAAUCGCAUUGGUUCUGCAAUUCCUGUCAACGUUCAUAAUAAAUUCCUCUACCGUCGGUGCUUGCAGUCUAGCCGCUAUCUUCGCGAUACAUGCUUGUGGUCAGCUGAACGUGCUGUACACGUGGCUACAUGAACUUGUUGACAAGAAGAAAGAAAAUGAUACAACCGAAGGAAAAGUGGCCGUUAUCGUGGAGCAUCAUCUAAGAAUAUUGAGUUUUAUAUCACGCGUGGAAAGUAUUAUGCAUCCAGUUUCUCUUACAGAAUUGAUGGGAUGCACAGUAAUUAUGUGUUUACUUGGAUAUUACACCAUUAUGGCUUGGGAAACGCUCGAUACAGCAAAAAUAAUAUCUUAUGUUAUUGUGUAUUUAUCGAUGAGUUUCAAUAUUUUUAUAUUUUGCUACAUCGGAGAGAUUAUUACAGAACAGUGCAAAUAUGUCGGGCAAAUGGCAUACAUGACCGAUUGGUAUAAUCUACAUCACAAAACUGCGCUUGGUCUCGUUUUGAUUAUUGCUCGAUCGAAUAACGUUAUCAAGAUGACUGCUGGAAAAUUAUUUCAUUUGUCUAUUGCAACUUUUGGUGAUGUAACUUCAUAA